CAGUCUGAAGGGGUCUGGAGCGGAGUCAGGUUCCCGUGUUUAUUGUGGAUUAAAGCACUUUUGCUGUUUGAUACUCGUAAUUUGUGGAUUUGUGUGUGUGUUGUUCUCCUGGAUUGAUGAGCACUAUGGAGCUGACGGGGAGAUGUGUGUUAUUGGCAGCGCUGGUGAUGAGCGUUCCUCACCACGCGCGUUCAGGAUGUGUGAACCGAGUGUGUAAUCCACGCAUGGGAAAUCUGGCUGUCGGACGUUCCGUACACACAGUUUCUCAGUGUGGCUCCAGCUCUCCAGAACAAUUCUGCAUGUACAGAUCGGACAGUUGUGUGCUGGAUUGUGGGAUAUGUGAUGCUUCAGUAGCUCAGUAUGCACAUUCCCCCUCCUCCAUGACUGACUCGCCCUUCAAGCAGCCACUGACCUGGUGGCAGUCGGCGCAGGGCACUGCCAUAGAGACUCUACAGCUGGAUCUGGAGGUGGAGUUUUACUUCACCCACCUCAUUAUCAUAUUCAUGUCACCACGCCCUGCUGCCAUGGCAAUCGAUCGCUCGCAGGACUUUGGCCAGACGUGGAGCUCUCUGAUGCUGUUUUCCCAUAACUGCAGUGAAGUGUCCAGCUUGGAGGAUGGACAGCGAUGCACAGCGAAAUACUCCUCUGCCGAGCCAUGCACAAAUGGAGAGGUGAUUUACCGUGCUCUGUCACCUUAUGAGAGGCUGGAUCCAUACAGCACUGAUGCCCGCUCACUACUGGGCGUCACUAACAUCCGGAUUCGUCUGCUUCAGCCGCACUCCUGCCCCUGUCCAUUUGCUGACGCUAAUGCAGCAAUUCCCCGAUAUGCCAUCUCUGACCUCAUUUUAAAGGGAGGCUGCCUGUGCCAUGGACAUGCAGACCAGUGUGUGCCCACUGGAGGCAAACACAACUCAAAAACAUCUGGAAAACACGUGGUGCAUGGUAAAUGCUUAUGCCAGCAUCACACGGCUGGAGAUCACUGUGAACGCUGCCAUCGCCUUUACAAUGACAGACAAUGGAGAGCAGCUGACGGCUUAACAGGAGAAGCGCAUCAGUGUGUUGAGUGCAAGUGUAAUGGCCAUGCAGAGAGCUGUCACUUUGAUGAAAGUGUAUGGCUGCGGUCGGGUAAGAGGCACGGUGGCGUUUGUGACUGUCUUCACAACACCAGUGGCCAACACUGCCAACACUGCCAGAGCGGCUUCUACAGAGACCCGGAGAAACCCUCCACCGCCCCAGAUUCCUGCACACCUUGUAUGUGUAACCACGUCGGUUCCUCGUAUUGUAAACCUGAUAACGGAGAGUGCGUCUGUAAGCCAGGGGUGGCUGAGCCACACUGUGAGCAGUGCAUGCUGGGAUACUGGGGUUUGGAUGAGUACGGUUGCAAGCCAUGUCAGUGUGCUGGGGAUUGUGACCCUUACACCGGAGACUGUAUGAUUAGGUCUGAGUCAGAUGACAACGGCACAGCAGAAAAUCAUCUGUUUCGGACAGAAGAGCUGUUCUCCGCCCUCAGUCAUCCAGACAAAUGCAUUUGCAAACAGCAAGCUCUCGGAAAUAGCAAAGUCUUCUGCAAUGCCAAAUAUGCUUAUGCAGUGAAGGUGCGAGUGUUGGGCGCUCAUGAUAAAGGCUCUCAUGCAGAGGUGGAUGUGAAGAUCCUCAAGGUAUUGUGGGAUAACACUCGCCUCAGACUCUCUCGAGGAAACCGGACACUUUAUCCCGAGUCCUGGAUGUCUCGAGGCUGCACCUGCCCUGUGCUUUUCCCAGGAUUGGAGUAUCUUGUGGUGGGACAUGAGGAUGUGAGAAAAGGUCGUCCUGUUGUAAACAUGAAGAGCGUAGUGAAGCCAUGGAGAGCCAGCUUGAGUCGGAAAGUCCAUCAGCUGCUGAAAACCAAAUGUAGCUGAAAGACACAGUGAGAUGUUCAAAACAACAGCACACGCCAACUUAGACUUUAUUUAACUGUGAUCGUUCUUCACCAUCUGAAUCAAACUAAUACUUUAGGUGUAAAACCAGCUGUUUAGGGGUAUUUGCUAGCUGUCGGAUCUAUACUAGCACUGUACAGAAUGUAUAAUAUAUAUAUGUAUGUAUGUGUGUAUAUAUGAAUAUAAGAUAAUAUGUCGUUUUUUUAUUUCUUUUGCUAACCUUGUAUAUAGCAUGCUUUUUGUACAGAAGAAAAAUAUAAUGCAUAUAUGCUAACGGAUUG